AUGUCGGGCCUCACAGACGAUGACCUCGCCGUCAUCACCAAGGGCAUGCUCAGCUACAGCCGGCUCUCGGCCACGGGCGGCGCCCUCUUUUCCGCGACGCUGGGCCUGUUUAUCGCCUAUCUGCUGUUUUCGACGCGCGCCUCGCGGCGGUCGCCGCUCUUUGCCAUCAACUGCCUCUCCUUCUUCUGCGUCGCCCUCUACUCGCUCAUCAAUCUCGUCAAUGCGACGCUGCACAUCCGCAACUUUCUCCUCGACAAGGACAACAUCCAGCUCGCUGGCACGUCGACCGUCCUCGACUUUCUCUCGACCUUUUCGCCCCUCGUGUCGGACUCGACGCUGACAUUCAAGCUCUCGGCCGUCUACCCGGCGUGGAUGGGCUCUGGGUCUGGGCGGACGCGCAAGUGGGUGCUGGGCAUCUACAUUGCCCUCCUGAUUCUCCGCAUCGGGCCCUCGAUUGCCAUGAUCUGGGUCGGCGUCCACUUCUACGUCGUCCGCGCCCACCGGGGCCUGAGCUACAGCGAGUACCUCGAGGGCGUCAACAACUACCCCGCCUGGAUCCGCGAGUCGGACGUGGGCCUGCAGCUGCUCUCGUCGGUGUAUGCGUCUGGCCUGCUCCUCUACCGCGCCUACGUCUUCUCCCAGCGGCACACGGACCGCCGCUCGCAGGCGUGGCGCCACCUGCGCUUCUUCAUCGAGUCGACGCUGAUGAGCUUCGUGCCGCCGGUGCUGUGCCAGAUCAUGCUCAUCACCACCAUCCCCAUCGGCACCGACACGGGGGCCACGGUGGUGACGUGGGCCAUCUACUUUAACAUUUUCUCUUCUCUCCUCUUCUCUGUCCUUGCCACUUCCUGGUCCACCAUCCGCUCCCACGGCUCUGACCUCGCCGCCGCCGCCCUGGCUCCCAACCCUGCGGCGGUAGGACAGGGCACGUCGUCGUCGCAUCUCUCACCGCAGCACAGCCCGGCCAAGACAAACUCGUCGCCGAUCAACGAUACCCUGCUCGGCUCUGUGCUGGGCGAUGCCGGCUACCUGUACCAGGAACAGCAGCAGCAACGGCAGCACCCGUCGGCCUCACGCCCGGGCCAGAGCGAGUCAGAGGACAUGGAGGUGGUUGUGACGAUGCCCGAGUCGGAAAAGGAGGGCGACGGCGCCUUUGUCCGCAGAGGCAAGGGCCGCUGGCGAUGA